AUGGCUGCGGACGCCGUGCCGCCAACUCCUGCUCCGUCGCCGUCGUUUUGGAGAUGGCUGAGGCCAUCACCCAAAGUGACCGAGAAGUGCUUGGCUUCGCGAACGGGCAGGCCUCAGGAGAAGUCACAGCCGGAUGAGAUGGAAGAGCGCUUGCUGACGCUGCUUGCGGGAGUUCAUCAGCAGGUCGUCGCAGAUGCUCAGCACAGCGAGCAACUGGCCACCCUGUCGCGGAGGCGAAGUGAAGUGCGAGUUUCGGCACUCGAGGGCUCUUAUGGGCAUAGGCUGCCACGGGCAGAGGCUGGCAAAACAGCAGCUGCCGCAUUGGAGGAGCAGCAGCGUCGAUUGGACAUCCGUCUGAACGACCUCUCCGCUGGCCUCAAAAGUAUUGAGAAGGCUUGGGGACAGAGAGCUGACAGAUCCCUGGAGAUGUUGUCGAAGGAUUUCUUGCUGCUCCAACUUAAGGCCGCCCCAGCUGCAUCCAUGUCGCAGCUGCACGUGGACCUCUCGGAACUCCGGCGGAGUGUUCGACUGGUGGCGUCCAACCAGCAGGAGGCAUGCAAACGGGAAGACGAGUUGCAGGAGCACCUUUGUCAGAGGCUGAAGCCAUUAGAAGACCGCUUGAGUGCUUUGGAGGGAGAGGUACUCAUAGCGAGACACCCGGGUGAAAAAGUUCAGGCGGUCGAGGCCCUGGACAGUGAGAAGAGCUUCCGAAGCUUUGAGACAAGCAAUGAGGAGCCUAGCACUAUCGGCUUUCCGGUGCUCAUGGACCAAAACGUCAGGCAGUUGGAGAAACGCCUUGAAGAAGAGCUGGAAAAAAUCCACGUACAAAUUGAUGCUUUCAGCAAGUCAGAGGUGGAAGUGCCCUUGAUGCGAGCUUUGAGCGAACGGAUCGCGGCGUGCGAGGAGAGUUGCCGGUGCGUUGACACAUUCGUGGAGCGCUUCACAGCCUUGGCUGCCAAAGUGCAGGAAGGCUUUGCAGAUGCCAGAGGUCACCUGGACCAAGUGCUUGCACACAUAGGGCCAAGACAAUGCCCCAGGGAAAAGGAUGGACUGGAGGAGAUGCGAGGAUCAUUGGUAGAAGUGAAAGCCUCCCUCGACUCAUUGGCGUGUCGUCUGGAAGAUCUGGCUACUCGAGAACACGCUUUGCGGGCACAGGAGGUUGCAAGAUCUGGAACCAACGAAGGGAUGAGCCUUCCAAAGAAUGAAGGGCAUCCGUUGAUGUCUGGCCCUUGCGUUUCCAUUGAACAGAAGAUACAGAAGUCCACAGCGCCGUGGGCAGAGUUGGCACAGUUGUCCUCAGCAUUGGAUGGUUUCGAGGCUGCGAUCCAACAGGCCAAAGACGAAGAAGAGGAAGAGAAAGAGAAGGAAACGAAAGAUGGCACUGAGGACAAAGAGACCGCAGAUGCCAGUGAUGAAAGCAACGAAACACCCGAGGAUCAGGCUGCAUCCAACCGCCGCUUAUUGCUGAAGCUCAAUGGUGAGGUGCUCGAAUUGCAGAAAGAGAUGCGGAGCCUGGUUUUGACGAACCCUUCUCUGAUGCCAGAGGUGGACAUCAAGCAGAAAGAGCGCGUCUUCUGCUUGGUUCACGAUCUUCUUGAAGAGAUCAAGUGGACCUUCAACAUGCUUGGGCUGCAUGGUGAAAAUGGCCCAGCCAGUUGGGAUGAAGCGAUGAAGGACACUCUGAACAUGCUUCGAGCUGCAGCUGACUGGGACACCUUUGCAUCUCCUUCCCUUGCCGGCCGAAUCCUGCGCGUGGCUGCACUGGUGGAUGGGAACAUGCUGGCAAAGAUGCUGAAGGAGGGAGAGAUGACCAAAACCAUCUACUCUCAUAUCAUGGAGCAGAAGUAUGACAAGGCGGUGAAGAUCCUGAAUCAGCAGCUUCAGUUCUUUCCCGAGAGCCGUUGUGCUUUGUCCUUGCUGGGCUAUUGCUACUAUCACAUGCAAGACUUUGCAAAUGCAGCAGAUGCUUAUGGCCAGCUGGUACAGGUGGUGCCUGACGUUGAUGAAUACAAGAUCUAUCAUGUCCAAAGCCUUAUAAAGGCCGGAUUGUAUGAAGAAGCCUCUCAGGCUUGCACUGCAGUGGAAGCUCCUGAGUACACGGAAAGAGUACUGAUGCUUCAAGCAACGAUAUCCUAUGAGCAGGAGGAGACGCAGCUUGCUCGAAGCAUCUUGGAUCAAUGCCACCCUGAUUCCGAGGAAAGACAGGUCUUUGAAGGUGCGCUUCUUUGGAAAGAGAAGAGGUACACAGAGGCGAUGAAGCUCUUCAACGAUGCCAUCACCACUACCGGCUACCAGGCCAGCCUUGCCUACAACAUUGCUUUGUGCUACUACAGCUCUAAGCAAUAUGGGCCGGCCUUGAAGCAUAUUGCAGAGAUCAUUGAGCGAGGAGUGCGUGAUCAUCCAGAGUUGAGCGUAGGAGCUUUGUCAGAGGGUGAUUUGAAAGCUCGGAGCGUGGGAAACACGUCCGUUUUGCGUGAAACUGCUUUGAUUGAAGCCUUCAACCUCAAAUCUGCCAUCGAGUACAUGACCAAAAACAUGGAGGCUGCAAAGGAUGCCUUGGCGGAUAUGCCACCUCGGGAUGAGUCGGAGUUGGAUCCUGUGACCUUGCACAACCAAGCGCUCAUUGAGAUGGAUGAGAAGCCCACCGAAGGCUUUAGAAAGCUGAACUUCCUGCUGAACCAGCAACCGUCUCCGCCUGAAACCUUCGUGAACUUGCUCCUGCUCUACUGCAAGUACAGUUACUACGACCUUGCUGCAGACAUCCUGGCAGAAAACGCGGAGCUGACCUACAAGAAUAUGAAACCAGAAGACUAUGAGUUCCUGGAUGCGCUCAUUUUGGGGCAGUCUUCACCUGAGGAGGCAUACCGUCGCUUUGACGAGCUCUCCGCAAAGCAUGUGGAGAUGCUGCGGAAAGGGACCAAAAACAUCCAGGAUGCGCGCAGGCAGCGGGAUCAAGGCUUGGUGAAGAAGUACCUGUCGGAGUUUGAUGAAGCUUUGGCCAAGUACAUUCCAGUGCUGAUGGGCCAGGCCAAAAUCUACUGGGAGUUGGAGAACUACUCCAUGGUAGAGAAGAUCUUCCGGCAGUCUGCUGAGUUCUGCAGCGAAGAUGAGUCAUGGAAGCUGAAUGUUGCUCACAUCUUCUUUAUGCAGGAGAAGUUCAAGGAGUGCAUUCGCUACUAUGAGCCCUUUGUUCGGAAGCACAACGAUGAUUUGCUGAAUGUCACUGCUAUCAUCCUGGCCAACUUGUGCGUGGCGUACGUCAUGACCUCUGCCAACGAAGAAGCAGAAGAGCUCAUGCGGUUGGUUGAGAGAGAGGAGGAGAAGGUGAAGGAUCCAACCAAACCAGUCUAUCACCUUUGUAUCAUCAAUCUUGUCAUCGGCACCCUGUACUGCACCAAAGGCAACUUUGAAUUUGGAAUUAGCAGAAUUAUCAAGUCCCUGGAGCCGUAUGACAAGAAGAUCGGUGUGGACACCUGGUACUAUGCCAAGAGGUGUAUGCUGGCACUUGCCGAAACCUUGGCAAAGAACAUGGUAGUGCUCAAUGACGAGGUCUUUGAUGAUAUCAUCGCAUUCCUCGACUCUGCAGACCAAGUUGGAAAGAACAUCGGGACAUCCAUCAAUGUGGUUGAGGCUGCUAGUGAAGAUGCAGCGAGCAAGAGAACCGUUUCCCAGGAAGCCAGGAUGAUCAAACGCUUCUUCCUGAAAUUGAGGGACUAG